AUGCGCCUGAGACACAUCGAAGUUUUCAACGCCGUCAUGCAGACCGGCAGCGUGAGCGCUGCUGCCCGCAUGAUCAAUGUGACGCAGCCGGCGGUGAGCCGGACCUUGCAACAUGCCGAGCUGCAGCUGGGGUUCCAGUUGUUCCAGAGGGUCGGCGGACGGCUCAAACCCACGGUCGAGGCGCAGACCCUGUACCCGCACAUCGAACGCCUGUUUGCUCAGCUCGACGAGGUGCAGCGCCUGUCGGCCAGCCUCAAGGCCGGGCGGGGCAAGGGCGAGUUGCGGGUGCUCACCGUGCUGGCGCUGAGCUACGAAGUGUUUCCGCUCGCCAUGCGCCUGUUCCGCGAGAAGCACCCCGCCGUGAUGGUUCACCACGAGGCCUUGCACUCACCGCAGAUCGUCUCCAGCCUGGUGUUGCAGGAGGCCGACGUGGGCUACGUGUUCAACGCGGUCACGCACCCGGCACUGGCGCAGGAGCGUCUGGCCGAGCGUCGCGUGGAGUGUGUGGUGCCCAAGGGCCUUGUGAACGCGAAGCAGCGGGCGCGGGGCUCAACGAAGUGA